AUGACACUGUCGUUGUUAGUGUCCACAGCACUUCACCUUAUCUGCCCGUUGGCCUCCAUAAUGUUGGUGGCGGCGUGCACAAGAAGUUCGACCGACACGUCGCAAUUCAAUCGCCGCAGCAAAAUGACGACAUCGGAUCAGAACUCAAAACAACCGGCGGCUUGCUCUGACAGCAAGUUUUUCUUUUAAAAUCAGAGACUGGACUAAGGUGGAGAUUUUUUUCUUCGUUAUGUUUUAAAAUUUUCACUGAAGCUAGAGGGUCAAUACCGAAUAGCAAAACAGAACAAUCGAGUGUUUAUGAAAGUGAACAGAAACUAUAGUUUCAAAACUACGGGGAAAUGAAGCCGCACAUCACGAGAAGACGAUCCGCGUGGAGCUCCAUGGAUCAGAGAUUUCGGCCAUUAACAGCAACUUAUCGGAGGUGUGCUACUCUCUGACCUCAUAGUCCGCAGAAAAAGAUUUCUUUCACCAAAAAACUUCACAGGCUUGCAACAAGAAGUAUUACGAGAAAAAAGCAAAGCAAUCACCAAAGCACAUUGACAUAACUCAGGAAGGUUGGAGACUGUUGUUUGCUCGGAAAUGAGUUUACUUCAAUCAGACGAAGACGGCAAGACUACUGGUCGCUCGACAGCCCCCACACAAGGCUCUGGCGACGAUCCAACGAGAAAAACAAAGAAAAAUUCGUUCCGCGAGAAUGUCCCUGCCAAAAAGAUGCCGGCCGUAGUGGUGUCGCCGCAGAAGCGCUCAAAAACGAGCGAGGAUACCACCACAGUAAGCUGUUUUUUCCCGAUUUCCUAUGCUUAUUUCAAAAAAAUUCAUUUAAAAAAUCAUUAAAAUGUUUUGAAGUUGUUGUAAUGAGCGGUUUUUUUUCUAUAUACCUUGUCGUAAGGGGGAAUAGACCCAGAAACGUCAGACUUUUCCAAACCGUGACGGAUGAACUUCAGCUCUAAAAAUCGAUUAAAAAUCCAUUCUAAACGAUUUACUCUUUUGGCCUUCAAAAAAAGGUUUUCCGCUUUUUCGUUACGCUUUUAAAAGAUUCUCGGCAGCUUUUGCAGUUCUACAAAACAUUUAAUUGUGUGACUGCAGCCCUCAUCAAAUCAUAAGAAGCAUCCCUCCUUGAAUCAGAAGAAACAGAAUUUGUCGCAUCCGAAGAAGCAGCCCUCGUCGCGGAAUCACACACGAACAGAUUGGACGCGAGAAGCUAUAACCCAGGCAAGCUCUUUCUCGUUUCUUCUCUAG